AUGGCGGAGAACACGAGUUCGGUUAGUUUGGUUCAAGAUCCUGUUAACAAUCACGACUGUAAUCAUGUUGUUCAAGAUGAUGGAUUUCAAGAAGUGAAGAUGAGCGUUGAGUCUGUAACGUCAGAGAUGAGUGCAUUGGGAUCACAUGAUAGGGAGAAGGGUGUUUCGGGCCUUUCGGCGGUGGAGGGAGCCGAGAUGGAAGAUGCGGUUGCGACCGUGCCUAGAUUCUUGAGGGUCCCUAUUCAAAUGUUGACCGGUGACCGCGGUGUUGUUGGCCCGUUGAUCAAAAGUUUGACCCAUUUGACCACCCAUUUCUUUGGGCUCUAUGAUGGGCAUGCUGGUUCUCAGAUAUUUAAUCGAAAUUUGUAUCUAAAUUCGCUAAUCGGUGUUCUGAUGUUUGAAAUCAAUAUUUGCGUUUGUUGCUCCGUGACUGGCGACCACACUUUUAAUCAGGUAUUCCGACGGCCCUUGAUUUUUGUUCCGGCUACUGUUACGUUUGACCGGAUAACACUAAUUUACCACUCCCACUUCAUGGCGAGAAUUUGGAUGACAAGAGCUGCAAGAGUUCGAUCUUCAGUUUGGAGAGUUAGCAGUAAACGCCCAGGGGGUGAUGUUGAGAAGUGGAUUGAUGUGAUUCGGAUCGGGUUAGAGGGUAUAACGGUUAAUGAUGCGAAUAAAUCGUUUAAUGGAGUCUGUUCUAGGCUCGAGGAUAUGCUGGAUAGUUUGUCGACAUUGCUUUCGGAAAAUUCUGUGUUGAAUAAAGACGAGUUGCUUCAGUUGGCAUUUGCUGCUAUUCAGUUAGUUAAUUCGACAAGAAACUACUAAGGGGAAGGGCGACUACAUGGGCAUGCAUUAGCGGCAGAAGAUUUCGUGAAUUAUUGAAUAAAACCGGAAACUUUAUGAACUCCUUUAAGUUUUUUUUCUGUA